AUGCUCGAUUGUAAGCUCACUUACGGAGAGCAUAUACUAAGGGUAGCUGACAAGGCGGCAAAACUAGUGGCUACGCUGGGCACACUCAUGGCCAAUGCGUGCCGCCGAAGCAGUGAUGCUGUACGGCGCAGAAAUAUGGCCGAGGUGCUGCGAAAGGAGAAAUAUCGCAAGCGUAUAGCCGCGGUACAGAGGGGCGCUCUCCGAAUCGCGCCGUCCUACCGCACGGUCUCUGAACCCGCGGUGCUAGUGGUCGCGAGGGUAAUCCCGAUAGAUCUACUAGCCCAGGAGAGACAAUUCGUCCAGCAGCAGAGGACCGUUUUGGGUAAGAAGAAGGCAUCAAAGCUCGCCAGGUCUACCAGCAUCGAGUCCUGGCAAAGCAGAUGUGAGCAAGAAACUAGGGGCAGAUGGACUGCCGACAGUCGAUUAGAGAACUGGAUAAACCGGGAGGUGGGAGAGGUAGAUUUCUAUCUCACCCAAUUCCUGACAGGAUAUGGCUUAUUCCGCUCCUACCUCGCAAAGAUGAGGAAAGUAACAGAUGGCAACUGCCCCUAUGGCGACUCAACCGUCGACGACACCCACCACACAUUUUUCAUAUGUGCACGUUGGAGCGUCGAACGAUUUGCCUUGGAGCAGGAGCUCGGAGACAUCUCGCCGGAAAACAUUGUGGAGAAAAUGCUGCGAGGGCAGAAGGAAUGGAACAAGGUUGCCUGCUACGUGAGGGCAAUCUUACGUAAAAAGAAGAAGGAGAUGGGCGGCCCAUAG